AUGUCUUUGUUCAAACAAUUGUUACUGGUGGCCGCAAUGAUGGCGCUUGCUGUGGCCGAAGAAUUGGCGGAAACAAGUACCGGUAAAUCGGUCGAAGAGGGUCGUCGGCGAAAGCGGUUCUUCAAGUUCCUAACGCACGCUAUUGGGCCCAUCAUGUCCACCCUCACGACGGUGCUGCUGGUGAAGGCAAAGAUUGUUCUGGUGGCCCUUUUUUUUGCUGGAAUCUACUUCUUUGGGCACAAAAUAUUUCCGGGUGGAUUUUUCGGCUCGUCCAUCAUUAGUGAAACGCCUCCGCCGUUCAUCGAUUCCAGUCCGUACACGAGCUAUCACUCGGAUCACGAAAUCAUCUCCAGCUAUCCCGGCCCGGAACCGUUUUCCAGCUACGGGCCCCCAUCUUCCUCUUCAUCGAGCGGAACGCCUUACAAUAGCUACUUACCGCCCGCUUCUGGAUCCGGUUCAUACUCGUCGUACUCCAAGUAUAGUGGUGGAAGCCGCCGAAAGCGUGCCAUCGUGGACGAUCGCCAAGCAUCCGGCAGUGAUGCUCUUGAUAACGGUGGUGACCUGGAAGAAAAUGAAAUGUACUGGACUGAUUCACUGACGGACAUCACCUUUCGCUUUCUUGGAGUGAAUCGACGCGUCUGCCGCAAGCGGUUCGUUUGCGAGUUCGACUUCCAAGCCCGAAGGAAUCCCAUUCUGCUGUUUGUGACGCGCGCGAUUGGACGAGAUAUUUUCCACAACUACCGUGACGAGACCGACGAAAAAGCGAACAGCUACAAGGACUGUGGACGUAUCUACGAGGAGUGUAAGGUACCGAAGAGGAAAAAGUUCGCACGUCGCCCCUUCGGACCGCUUCCGAUGGCCGUUCCUCCGAUGCAAAAACGUCCGGAGGCAAUUCCGGAUGCCUCGCUCGAUGCGCAGGAAAAUGAAGUCGUACCGUUGGAUGCAGACACAAUCACCACGACCUUGCCAACCGAUAGUCUUGCACGCGGAAAACUGAUUCUUCAAAAACCGACACGCGCCAAUCGCUUCCGUCGUAACUGA